AUAUGUGGAGAUAUUCAUGGACAAUUUUAUGAUUUAUUAGAAUUAUUUCGUGUAGGUAAUUAUAUCCCUGAGACAAAUUAUUUAUUUCUUGGGGAUUUUGUUGAUCGUGGUUAUUUCUCUAUAGAAACAUUUCUUCUUCUUAUUGCAUUAAAGGUUAGAUUCCCUGAUCGUAUUACUCUUAUUAGAGGUAAUCAUGAAAGUAGACAAAUCACACAAGUAUAUGGAUUUUAUGAUGAAUGUUUACGUAAGUAUGGUAGUAGUAGUGUAUGGCGUUAUUGUACAGAAGUAUUUGAUUAUUUAGCUCUUGCUGCUAUUAUUGAUGAUCAAUUGUUUGCACUACAUGGAGGUUUAUCUCCUGCUAUCUCCUCUAUUGAUGAGAUAAGAUCUAUAGAUAGAAAACAAGAAGUUCCUCAUGAAGGUCCUAUGUGUGAUCUUCUAUGGAGUGAUCCAGAAGAGAUGAAGGGUUGGGGUUAUAGUCCUCGUGGUGCUGGAUACCUAUUUGGAUCAGAUAUCGUCAAAACCUUUUGUCAUACAAAUAGUGUUGAGAUCAUCGCAAGAGCACAUCAACUCGUUAUGGAUGGUUAUAAAUGGUGGUUUGAUAAAAGAUUAGUUACUGUAUGGUCUGCCCCUAACUACUGCUACAGGUAA